UAUGGCAGGUAGACGUUUAAUUGUUAAUGAGGAAACGUUAAGCUGCGCUAUUUGUCUAGAAUCUUGGCUGAGAAAUAAACCAAGGGUACUUCCUUGCCAGCAUACGUUUUGUCUUGAUUGUCUAGAGAACUUGGAAACGAAUAAUACAAUAAAAUGUCCAGUUUGUCGGCAAAACGUAACAAUUCCUAACGGAGGUGUUAUUAAUUUUCCAAGGAAUCUUUUAAUUUCUUCUCUCACGCAAUCAUUGGAAGAGGAUAUGAUUCAUAAUUGUAAAAUACACCUAAAAGAACUAAUUUCUCCUCCAAUUUUUUGUAAAACUUGCAAUUCACCACCAAUUUGUGAAGAUUGUUUAAAUCAAGAUCAUUCGGGAUUGCAUUGUCGAAUUAUACCUUGUAAAUCUUCACCGAACUUAAUGAAAACAUAUGAACAGGCAUUUAAUGAUCAAAAGAACAUCAAUUCAGAAAAUAGUGAUAUUUUAAUAAAAGCUAUAGGAGAAUACGAAGUUGCUGGCUAUAAACUGCUUCAAGAGGAGUUUUCCAAACUGAAAGAGAAGAUUAGGGAAUUUUAUAACACGAAAAAUCAUGAAUUGGAUGCUAUGAUGAGCAAUAUGAAUUCUACUCUUACAAACAAGAAACAAUUGGAUUCCUAUUUAAAAAUGUUACCAAAAACAAAAUUAAUACUAGAACAACCGCCAAGAGUAUCGCUUGCUGUUGCUUUACAAGAAAAAACAGAGAAAAAUCGUAAUUAUAAACCUCCAAUUGAUGAUUUGUUAUCGAAAGAAUCAUUGAAUCUAACUGAAAUGUCAUUAGAUAAUAAUAAUCAAGAUUGUUCUCCUCAAAAGGAAUUAGUUAAAUUUCUCUCAAUAGAAAAAAUCAAAUCUCCAUCAAUUUAUAUAAGAAACGGUGGAUUUCUCUUCCUCCAAUCGGAUAAUUAUUUAAAAUCAGUAUUACGAAAGAAGUUUAAUCGGAUAGUUUUCCGAAAAUUUCUAAAUUUACCUGAUGAAAGUUGCCUACUUGAACCAACUAUAUCGCAAUUUGCAAUGACUGAUCAUGAUAUUUAUGGUCUAUCAUCAGAUAAUGGUCAUAUUUUACACUUCGAAUUAUCUACUCCUUUGCAAACUGUAGAGUUUAAGCAUUUUUAUAAUAAAUCGUUCACAUCGAUUGUAGCUAGAGAAGAUCAAACGGGAUUAAAAUAUGUAGGUGCUAAAAGAAAAGAUAAAUACUACCUAUUUGUUAAUGGAAGUUUUCGUUGGAUGAUUAAGAACGCUUUAUUCUCUGGUCUUUUUAUGAGGUGUAAUGGUGAUAUUAUCGUUCAAAAUAAGAUUGAUAAAACUCUAAUUUUCCUCUCGGCUGAUGAUGGAUCGAUCAAAGAAUCAUUCAAUAUACCAAACGUUAAAGAUAUUUUUGAAUACUUACCACACGGAUAUAUAGUAUUACAACAAGAUUAUGAUGACAGCUUUAUAUACUUUUACGAUUACGCUUUCAAACAAAAGCAAAAGUUAAAGCAGUGUUCAAAGAUCUUAGGAUAUGGAAAAUCAACUUUCAUUUGUUCAAAUUCUUCUGAAACUGCUUUAUAUAAAUUAAGAGAUAUAAAAUAA